AUGGCGGAGAUUGCUGGUUCUGCGGUUGUUCAGGAGUCAGUUAGCCAAAUUGUAUCUUGUCUGUUUCAAAAAUAUGAAGUGAAACAGAACUCAAAUGCGUUCCGAAACCUUGAGAGGCUAGAGAUGGCACACGUCAGGCUGGAGGCUAUUCUUCAGACAUCUGAUAAGUGGGAUAUCACUGAUACAUCCUUGUUGCGUUGGCAUAGGAAGCUUAUAAGUCUGCACCUCAAGAGUGCGUUGACACGCUGCACAAAUGCAAGCAGAGAAUCCAAGAAAACGAACACAUACAGAAGGAAAUCCAUUGUUCAAAGAUUUGAGUGGUUUGCUGAUGGUGCUAGUGAGUUUCUGAGAUUACUAGAGCAUGGUGGCACGCCACGGUGUAACAUGCCCUUUGACUCUCUUACCAGGCACCUACUUGCUGGCAAGAUACUAAAGCAUAGAAUCAUUAGGGCCAACAAGUGCCCUUUGUUUCUACUGUUAGCGCCAUUUACUAGUGCAGAUCAUGGAAUAGAAGGUAGGCUUUACUUCAUGCAGAAAGAUUGUAACGUGCCGGAUGAUGAUUUUUACCUUAUUAUAGCGCUACAGCUUUCGGAGAGUACAGACAUAGUUGGGGUUGCAAUUCAGUGCUUACUGCUGUUUGACCAUCUUUUCAAGUCCACAGUUGAAAAUAUUAGGAAAGAACUUAUGCAUCUACCUACUCAAGACUUCUCGUGGGUACCAAAUUAUGUUGAUUCGCACCAGCAAAAAUUUUGGGACAAUGUUCACAGAUUUGGCACUCAAUGGUUUCGCCCAAACCCAUUAUGUUGCAAGGAGCAUGAUAAGCACACGCUCUGUAAUGGUACCAAGCAAGACAAGUCAUUUGGAUUACCAUUUGUUUCUCUAGAACCAGUUAUUGAAGUAGGUCUACGGUGCCAAGUGUCGCUCUUAGAGUGCAAGAAACAGAGGGCCUAA